UGGCUGCUCCCAUCAUCGGUAUACCCCAGUACCAGUACCAGUACCAGUUGAAGUAAAGUCUAUUUGUGAACGACAUUUUAAGAGAACGGAGUUUCAUUGAACUUCUCCUUACGUUUUAUGUCAUACGCGGCGAAUUUACAAAUAUUUCCUCAACUUGCAACCGAGCAAACCGGAACUCACGAUGAUGUCGAAGUUUUUACUACUCUUCUGCUUUACAACGCUUUACGUAUUGGGUCAUGUUCAAGGGAAUGUUACUGCUAUAAAAAAUGAGUCUGUUCUUGCUGGUAUAUCUCAAAGCAACAAUGCUGCACAGAGUUUCCAAGAACAUAUGGCCCUUAAGGCAUCGAUAUCCGAGACUCCUAUAUUGGAACCCCUAGACCAUGCUGAUAAGAAGUCUCAGGAAUUACCUAUACCUAUUACUGAAGCUCCUGCGAGUACUACUGUCAAACCAGUUCCAACCACAUCGACCCAUCCAAGUACUGCACCGUCGACGGAUACCACAACUGUUGCCCCAACUACUUCUACUACAAGUACCUCAACUAUACCGACUCCAUCUAGUACUACAAGUGCCCCAGUUACUACAGUCAGCCCAGUGGUGUCUACCACUCAAUUACCUUUCCUAAAUCCUGGAAAAUGGGUAGUAAGCGAAAACAAUAUAACCUGCAUUGUGGUUCAGAUGUCUGUACAGUUCAGUAUUACUUAUCCAAAGGCCAAUAAUAUGAAUUCCUCUAUAUUAAUUGAUAUGCCAGUUGACAAUACAACCACCAAAGCAAAUGGAACAUGCGGCAAGCUCGAGCAAGUGCUCGAGUUGUCCUGGUCCAAUAAUGCAACUGCUGGUGACAUGACACUGCACUUCAUGAAAAAUGAGACUACAAAACGCUAUUCUCUUCACCAUUUGGAGGUCAAAUUUCCACAGAAAGACUUUCCAAACACAAUAUUGAAUCAACCUAUGGUUCUUGUACACGAGCCAACCACCUAUGUAGCUGCAUUAACAAAUUCCUAUAGAUGCCUAGAUAAACAGGAACUGAAGUUGAAGUUGAAUGAUACCUCCAAAGAUACUGGCAUCAUUAGAAUACUAGGAUUACAGUUCCAAGCGUUUAAAACAGAUAAUUCCACAAAUUUCGGUUUAGCCAAGGAUUGCGAAUUUGUUACACCCGACAUUAUACCGAUAGCGGUAGGCUGUGCACUCGCAUUAUUAGUGAUUGGAGUUUUAAUCACAUACUUGGUUGGUCGUCGGCGAAACCAAACUCGCGGAUACCUUAGCAUGUAAUUUUUCUAUUAUUUUUUAUCUCUUCUUUAUUAUGUCGAUAAUCUAUGUUUAUGUACUGCAUGUUAAUACCAAACAAAUUACUGCUUUUUUCUUCAUAUUUUUUUUUAAACGUCAAAAGUUAAUGUUCGGAAGAAAAUUGUUUCGAUUAAAUCUUCUUUUCCGAAUGAAAGGACUUUGAAUCGAGUGUACCAGCGACGACGGUUUUAUUUCGUAGAAAUUGUCCUUCCUUUAGUUAAUUACGUGUACAGGGAAUUUUGUAAUAAUGAUACUUUAAUUUUGGUAUACUGUUGCCUGAUAUAUCCAACGGAAGCAUUAUCGGUCCAUAUGCUUUUCUCGUUUAGGAUUGUGAUUAAUGUUUGCAGCAUACGUUCUUUCAUUUAUGUUAUAUUGUGUAAUUAGGUUGCUCGUCGGAUAUGAUAAAAAUAUUUUUAGAAAAUAAACAUUGUAAUUCGAAACUGUUCGAAGAACGAGUUAUAAUUAAUAUGAGUUAUGUUCAACUGUUUUUGAAUUACUAAAUUUGCUAUUUGUAUUUUUCAACACUGACCUCGGUUCGGGAAUUCGACAUAAUUGAUACGAUACAUACACUGAACAAAGUAUAUACGUUUUACUGUGAUAAUACUUUAAUGAGAAUUAAAUCGAUUCAGAGAAGUAUCAAAUUCGUUGCUGAAAAUCUGUUCAUUUGUAAGAAGUUAACUUUCCCUAUAUAUGAACUGCAUCGUUUAUUCGUCAAGAUAUGUAUAAUAUAUUUUACAUUCUCUCUUUUUUUUAGUAGUAAUAACACUAAUACUUCUAGCAAAAGAAGAAAUAUUAUACUAUAAAAUAGUGUCCGGUUUUUAAGUAUAAGCCUGUCUUUAUGAAUAAAGAGCUUGGUUGCUAAUAAAUUACAAUAUAUUUAACA